AUCGGUGGUCCGGUUUAUCAGCAAGAGCUCGAGAGAGAGAGAGAGGGAGACAUGGCUGAGCGAACAGCUUGACGAUUAAUCCAUCCAUCAAUCCAUCCAUACAUCCAUCCAUCCAUCCAGUUCAUCACAUCUCUAGCACUCCAGCCAGUACUCACACACGAACGAAGGAAUGGGUCCGUCAGAAAGCCAUGAACUGAAGCUUGAGCUGCUUCAGCAGUUCCUUGCUCUCGUGGUGACCAGGAUACGCCUGAUCGUUGAUCAAGAACACACACACACACAACACACACAACACGUACAUCCACCAGACGCAGACAUGUGUAUGCCUUCCUCCCUUCAGCUCAUCCCUCACUCACCUGCAGUGCCAUAUUGGCCUUGUUGAAGGCAUCCUGGAAGUCACCCAACUUGAAGGCUACCAACGCAGAGUUGUAAGCGGGCUCAUACAAGUGCGGCGCCAAGCGACUCGCGUGGCUGAACGCCAGCUGAGCCUGGACCAAGACAGGGAGGGAGGGAGGGAGGGAUGGUGGGUGGAUGGUGUGUCCGUGUUGCUGCAUACCUGUUCUAUGUUUCCCUUUCUGAGCUCUAGCACUCCCAGGUUGGUGUGGGACUCGGCGUGGUUGGGGUCGAUGGACAAGGCCAACUUGAACGACUGAUAGCAUCGCGCACAUACAUCCACCUCUCCGUUCGCAUGAGUGUGGGGGGUGUAAGAGUGUGUGUGUGUCGACACGUGUUGCCUGCCUGGUAGCUGAGUCCGAGGUCGCCGACUCCGAUACCGACCUGGCCAAUGUUGUACCACACCUCAGCAGACACACCGUCGUCCGCAAGCAUCAGCGCCCUGCACACACACAAAGACACAAAGACACACCUUCACACACACACAUGGCGGAUCUUUCCAUGUGUCCAAUGCUCUCAUCCUGCCUAUCGGCCCACCUGUCCAGACAUGUGAUGGCUAGGUCGUAUUGUGCGGCGUAGAAGCACGCCAGGCCCAGGUUGUUCCACAGCUCCGUUGAGCUCACGCCCAUCAGCAGCAAUCGACGGCAGAAACGCAACGCUACCUCAGGCUGAUCUGCACAUGUGUACACAGACACAUACAUCUGCGGCUCUCUCUCUCUCUCUGCCCACCCGAGUAGAAGUGGUGUGCGGCGAGGCAUGCGAGUGCCUCUGCGUUGACAGGGUCUCGUGCCACCACCCGCUUGUACAGCCCGAUGCUCUUCUGGCUGUCGUUCAGGUCCUCAUACAGACGGGCCAUGCUCACCGUCACCGAUAUGUCACCUACACACACAUCCAUCCAUCCAUCCACACGACACAGCACAGCACAUAGGCAGGGCGCAAUGGAUCAAGACAAAGGCCAGUCCAUGCCCACCAGGGAACUUUUCGCUGGCUUUCUGAUAGACCUCCAGCGCCGCAUUGGGCUGAUCGAGCUUCAGGUACACCCGCGCCAGCUCCAGGUUGGUCACCACUCGGCUGUCGUUGCCGAUGGAGCUCCUGAACUGCUUCUCAGCCUCCCGCAGCAGCCCCAGCUGGAAGUAGCACUUGCCCAGCCGCUCCUUCCACCACCAGUCGGCAAAGGAGGCCUCCCGCGUCGCCUCGGCCGCCAGGUCCAGGGCCUUCCUGGGCUGCCGCAAAAAGUAGAUGAGGUAGUCGCACAGCGCCUUGGCGAUCUCGGGCCGCUUGGCGUACUUGUGGAAGUCGAUGCCGUCCACCUGGAUCGUCUCGCCGCCUCCAUCCGUCCCCAGACUGGCCAUGGACGCGGUGCCCAGACGGACCAGCCGCCCGGCAGAUGUGACGGGGCGGCCUGACGCGGCCGUGCCUGGUCUGGCUGACAUGGCCAUUGCCGUUGUGAUGAGGUCUCUCUGCUGGGAGGAUGUUGGCCUGGCGGAUGUGGCGGGGCGCGUGAAGCCCGUCACUGGGCGGCCGGUGGCCGACACGGGGCGGACAGCCUGCGAUGGACCGGUGCCAGCCUGCUGUGCGGACGAAAGGGGCCGCUGCAGGGAGGUACCUGAAAGGAGAAAACCAACACGACGGACCACGAAAGACAAACCGUGCGCUUCGUCUAUAUCCGCUCUUUCCGCUCAUCCACCUGGUCUGGGAGCCGUGGCAGCGACGUUGUCCUCCAUCAACGCGUCAGCAAGCCCCUCCACCUCCACCUCGAGGUCAUCCAACCAGUGUUUGGCCGUGAUGGCCCGGCACUUGAGCACGAAUGCCGCCUGGUCACGGGAGUUCUGGCGAAGGAGGGACCCGCACAGCGCCAGGCAGUCGUCAUACUGGUGACGUCUGUACUUGCUGAGUGCGUGGAAGAAGGGGUUGAUCUUUUUGUCCUGCGGCUGGAGGGGCGCACGGGCCCUCAUGCCACCGCCCUCCUGAAAUGCUGCCGACAUAAGCUUCAAAGAUCU